AUGGCUUUGUCAGCCGCACUCAUCAGGCACUUGCCUGCACUUGCGGGCACUUGCGGGCAAGGCGAGUUGCCGGCCGCCGCUCUCCGAAGCGCGCAACCACUGGUCGCCCGGGCGCGUCGACUCCAUCGUAAGAGCGCAAUGCGAACCGAAAUAGCUGGGAUGGAGUCGGAUUUGCAGCAUAAGAACCAGGCAUCCCGUAACAAACGGGAUGGGUUGAAAAUCUACCCACGAGAGACCAUAGAUAAGAAAGUAAAGGAAAGAACACAAGGCUGUUUUUGUAUUUAUUUAUUUUGUAGGGUGGGUGGGAGGAGACGAAGAUAG